ACAAAUGCAAAUGUGUAACCUGGUAAAGUAAGAGAAGGGUUGGUAAACAAGAAAAAAAAGGAACAAAGUACAUAGAAAGAACACGUACAAAUUGCUCUUGUAAAAUUAAUUUUAAUUCCAGUGCAGCGUAAUUUUUUACCACAUCAGACAAAAAUUAAGUCAUUGUGCGAUUAAUAAAUUUUAGAAAAAAGAAGCUAAAUGUCUACUGGCUUCCCAAUACCAUCGGCACCAGAAGUGCCUAACACAGAAUACACACCUGCAUCUUCGCCAUCAUCGUCAUCAAGUUCGUUUGGCUCACAAUCACAAGCAAUACCAAUUGGAUUUAGAACACUGAUUGGAAACGAAAAAGAGGCCACCUCAUCGGCCGAUGGGGCAUCCGCAUCAGCUAAAGAUUCUGCAAGCGAUAAGAGCGAAGAGAAACGCGAUGACUCUAUGUUUGAGUGUAAUAUUUGCUUGGACACGGCAAAGGAUGCCGUAGUCAGUAUGUGUGGGCAUUUAUUUUGCUGGCCAUGUUUGCAUCAAUGGCUGGAGACACGUCCUACACGUAAACUAUGUCCAGUUUGCAAAGCUGCUAUAAGCAAGGAAAAAGUUAUUCCAUUGUAUGGCCGUGGCAGCACAAAGCAGGAAGACCCAAGAAACAAGGUCCCACCCAGGCCAGCUGGUCAGCGAACUGAACCUGAACAUCAGCAAGGUUUUCAAGGAUUUGGAUUCGGUGAUGGUUUUCAUAUGUCUUUCGGCAUUGGCGCUUUUCCUUUCGGCUACUUUGCGUCUUCAUUUAACUUUGGUGAACCAAGACCGGCCGCAAAUCGUGGAACCACACAGUACGAAGACGAACAGCAGUUGUCCAAAUUAUUUUUAUAUUUAGCAUUUUUGUGCAUUGCAUGGCUUUUAUUUGCCUAGCGAGGUUAUGUUUUCAAUUUUCGGUUGUCAAACAUUAGAGUUCGCAUUCAAAAGAUAAUAUGUAAUCAUAAUAAAUUCUUUAUAAACAUAAACUUAUACAUAAAUAAACGUUUUAAAUGGGAAAACAAGUAGCUAUCGAGAGCAACAAUCCCAAGUACAUUAAACAAAUAUAAAUAAUAACAAAAGAUAA